AUGCCGCAGCAGCGACAGCAAACGCCGCCAGACGAGUUUACUGGCAUUGUCAAGGCACCGAGAGAGUCGGAUUGGGCGACAAUCGAUUGGAUCAGUUCACAGCACGAGGCGAGCGAGCGGCGCACAGCACUGUACCACAGAUCUCACGGGGACUCCAUCUCGGCCCGUACAAGGAGUGCACUCACACAUAAUGAGAGCUUUCUUGCCGCUUUUCUGACGGGUCUUGUCUUGGGUCUACUCGGCGUUUUUUGUGAUGCCUGUUCGCACUGGGUGUCGGCGUUCCGUGUGGGCAUUUGUGCCAGUUUUUUUUGGCUUGGGCGUAGCCUCUGCUGCGUGGAGCAGCAUGUUUGCGCUGGCUACUACACAUGGGGUGAGUUCUUACUUGGUCGUGGUGAUCGCGUGGCGGCGUUUGCCGAUUUUUGUUUUUACGUCCUUCUUUCCACCUUUGCCGCGAUGAUAGCGUCCUUCGUGUGUAAGGUGUACGCUCCGUACGCGGCUGGUGGUGGCAUCAAUGAGGUGAAGACGAUUGUGUCUGGCCACCACGUUCGCCGCUACCUGGGUGGCUGGACGCUCAUCACGAAGGCCAUCGGGAUGAGCUUCUCCACCGGUUCUGGCCUUGUGGUUGGGAAGGAGGGACCAUUUGUGCACAUUGGCGCCUGCGCGGGGGAGCUGAUUGCCCAUCUCUUUCCAAGCUACCGGCUGGACGCAAAGAAGCGUGAGUUGAUUACCGCGGGUGCGGCGGGCGGUGUUGCAGUGGCCUUUGGAGCCCCUGUGGGCGGCGUCAUCUUCGCCCUGGAGGAGAUAUCUAGCUUCUACAACUUCAAGGCGAUAAUGGCGGCCCUUAUCUGCGGCGUGACGGCGGUGCUGCUGCAGUCCCGCAUUGACCUUUGGCACACCGGGCGUAUUGUGCAGUUUAGCGUCAACUACAAGCACAACUGGAACUUCUUUCAGCUGCCGCUCUUCGCCCUCCUGGGGGUUGUAGGCGGGUUUCUCGGGUCGCUCUUCAACACGGUAAACAUUCGCAUCAUCCGCUGGCGCAAAAAGCACCUCAAAAUGUGGCGGGUGACAGAGGUUGCCGCUGUGGCCGCCAUCACAGCCGUCUUCAACUUUUUCACCCCGUACAGUUCAGGCAGCCUCUUGGAGUUGCUUGGGGACGCCUUUCAGGACUGCACCCCACACAGCACGAUUGAGCUCUGUCAAGACGACGAUGUGCGGACCUUUAUCUAUCUACUCAUCACGGCAACGGUAAAGCUGGUGCUCUGCAUGUACACGAUAGGCACGUUCCUUCCCUCGGGUAUCCUCGUUCCAUCCCUCGCCAUUGGUGCCCUGUACGGACGCGCGUUCGGCAUCCUGUGUCGGUCCCUGCAAGAGUCGUACGCCAGCUCCUACAUUUUUGCUGAGUGCUACAAUCAGGACCUCUGCGUUAUACCAGGGAUGUACGCUAUUGUUGGCGCCGCCGCCAUGCUGACGGGUGUCACACGGAUGACGAUAUGUCUUGCAAUCAUCAUGUUUGAGCUGACAGGGUCGCUGAACUAUCUUGUGCCAGUGAUUAUUGGUAUUCUCUGCGCCAAGGCGGCCGCGGAGGCGGUGGGGGUGGAGGGCACGUAUGAGAUUGGCAUUGCGGAGAGCAACCUGCCCUUCCUCGACCCAAAGAAGGAGUGCCACGUCGACGCCGUCGCGGAGGAAGUCUACGCACACCGCAAGUUUACCGUCCUCACCGCCUAUGGCUUCACCGUGGGGCAACUAAACCAGCUGCUGCAUGAAAUGGGGGUGUCCGGCUUCCCUGUAGUGAACUCGCUUAGUGACAUGACGCUCAUGGGCUACGCGGCCACCAAAAAGAUUGUGCGUGCGAUUCAGGUGGCCGCCGCAAAGGACAGCCGGGUGGACCUUGACACCUUCGUCCGCUUCACCGCGACGCCGUCGCCAAAUUUGCCGGAGGGUCACCUCGAAAUAGACAUCACCGCUGUCGUGGAGAGUCCCAUGCUGCAGGUGGAGCCGGAGUGUCCGGUCUCGCGCAUGCUGUACCUUUUCAAGUCGCUGGGGGUGCGCCAUAUCAUGGUGUGCCGCCGGGCGAAGUUCGUCGGGUACAUCAGCAAGAAGGACUUUGUGAAGUUUUUGCGCAGCACCGAGCGGUAG